AUGACUACGCCGGCUCGCUUAGAAGAGGGCCAUGCAAUGAAUAGGAUCCCCGGUAGCAGCGGUGCUGAUGAAGAUCCUACAGAGCCUGGAACCGGGAACGAUGACACUGGGUAUGGAAACUUUCGUGGAGACUCUGACAUUAUGAACGGAGCGCCUAAAGGUUGGCCUUCUAUUGCCGCUAUUCAGUUAUACUAUCCCAAUUUCAGUAUUCAUCGACGCUUCUCCUACCUUCUGCAUCGGGUCCUCCUAGACCAAGAAACGAAGCUCGCGUACCUCGAGAAGAAACUAGAAGAGCUCGAUGAAAAAGACAAGGAAAGCAAUGCCUCCAGAUUAAAUUCAUUUCCAUUUGUUCCGGAAACGUUGCUCUCCGGCCACACUCUAUCUCAGGCUCAAUAUCAGCCUGCCUUUCUCCAAACAAACCCGACAACAUCGAAAUUAGUAAAGGAGGAGCAGAAGAAUACGAACGAUAAUAGCAUAUGGGAAAACAAAGAUCUAAUCCUAGAAUCCGCAAUGCCGAGAUUGAAGAAUUACGUUACCAACCGCGUGCAUCAGCACUUUGAAACAUUAAUAUACGGGGACACGCCCAUCAAAAGAUUUAUCAAGAAGAUCCUUGCGCGAACGCGCGGAAACUCUAACCUCGAAAUUGACAACUGGAUCUUAGUCUUUCUCCUCAAGGUCGUAGUAGUAUUCAUGAGCGGAGUACUACUGCUUUCCCCAGUUGCUAUACUUCUCCUCGUGAACCUAUCUAGGGCCGAGUCCUUUAUAGUCGUGGUCGCUUUCAACUUUGCAUUUGUAGCUGCCUUGGCCUGUUUGAACUGCAAUUGGGACACCAUCCUCAUCGGCUUGAGCGCAUAUAUGGCGGUACUUGUCACAUUCCUAUCGAACCUUGAGCAGGGAAAGACUUAA